AUGGGUCCGUGUCAGUUGAUGGUGCUGGGCGUGGCACUUGUGUUGCCCUGUGUGUGUGCGACGUACCAGAAUUGUCUCCACGAUUCACUCCGGCGGGGAACGAAAUCAGUAAAGGUCACAGAUGGCUACUUACAAGGGGUAAAAUGUCCACAUAUUCAUAAUUUUACCCGUGUGGAAGCUUACAAAGGAAUAAAAUAUGCCUCCUUGAGGCGUGGCCGUAUGCGAUUUAUGCCACCAUCUUCAAAUGAAAGGAAGUGGCAAGGUAUUCGAUUCCAGGGGUCAUUAAGUAUACCCUGCUCCCAGAGGGCUCUCAACUGGACCAAAAUUUCACAACAACAUCACCAUUCUAAAUGGUGGAAACAGAGGCUCUACAGGAAAAUGCAUGACUUCAAAAUAUCAAUGGAGGACUGCCUCCAUCUGAAUCUGUUCAUACCAG